AUGCGACUUCUAGUGCUCUGCGCGGGGUUAUUCCUCGUCGCCAAUUUCGGCACCUGCAGGAUAAUCACAGACGAUACAGUAGAUGGCGCCCUAGUCGACCUCGACGUUUCGGAAUCGAAACACGGCCAUCACCACGAAGAAGGCGGCGGCCACGAGCACCACGCUCACCACCACGAGAGCCACGGCGACAAGGGCGACAAGGGCUACAAAAGCGACCAUCACCACGACAAAGGCGAGCACGGCAAGCACGGCAAACACCACUCCGCCGGCCACCACGAAGAGAAAGGCGGCCACCACAAGAAGCACCACGACGAGGCCGGCCACCACGGCGAGCACCACGCCAGCGGCAAGAAGCACAAGGGCGGCAAGUUCGGCGAGAAGAAGGGCCACAAGAAGGGCCAGAAAACGACCGGCUACCAUCACAAGUCGCACAAGGACGACUACCACAAGGAGCACAAGUUCUACGACGACUACCACAAGGGCGGGCACCACGAGAAGCACGGCGACUUCCACGGGCACCACGGCGGCAAGUCCGGCCACCACAAGAAGGGCGGCGGCCACAAGAGCGGCUACCACGACGAUCACCACGGCAAAAAGGGCCAUUCCGAUAAGGGGCAUUACGACGAGGACCACAAAGGACAUAAAGGCAUCGCCUUCCUAAUCGCCCUAGCCCAAGGAAACGCCCUUAAAGGCGACGAAGAAGAUGCCAGUGCGUUAGAAACCCUCGACCUGGAGGUAUCGGCUUCCCACCACGGCCACCACCACGAAUCCGGCGGAGGACACGAAGGACACGAGCACCACCACUCGAGCCACGGCGGCAAAGGCGACAAAGGCUACCACAGCCACCAUCACCACGACAAAGGCCACCACGGUAAGCACGGCAAGCACCACGAGGCCGCCCACCACGGCGAGAAAGGCGGCCACCACAAGUCCCACCACGAAUCCGGCGGCCACCACGGCAGCCACCACGCCUCCGGCCACCACCACAAAGGCGGCAAGUUCGGCGAGAAGAAGGGCCACAAGAAGGGCCAGAAGACCAAAGGGUACCACGUCAAGGAGCACAAGGACGAGUACCACAAGAAGCACAAGUUCUACGACGACGCCCACAAGGGCGGCCACCACGAGAAGUACGGCCACCAUCACGGCCACCACGGCUCGAAGGCCGGCCACCACAAGAAGGGCGGCUCGCACAAGAGCGGCCACCACGAGGACCACUACGGCAAGAAGGGAUUCGCGCACAAGGGGCACCACGACGAGGACCACAAGGGAUGGAAAGGGCACGGCGGUCACGAGAGUCACCACUCGCACCACUCGGACUUCGGGAAGAAGGGCGGACACGAGGGGCACUCGUCGCACGGGUUCAAGUCCGGCCAUCAUUAG